AGCCCCGAGCAUCUUCUUCCCCUCAACUCCGCGCUGCUCUCUCUUUCUCUGUAGCAGAAAACCUCGCCGCGGGCCAGCCGUAUUUGAUUCCCAAAUUAAAGUUUAUGGCUUAGCGGUGGGUUUGCAUCUUUGCUUUCUGAAGCCGUUGAUCUUAUUCCGGUUAGCUGUCGUGGCGUCCGUAGAUUGCCGGAAUCUGAUUUUGCUGGAAGACCGGCAAAGAUUACACAGUUGUGAUUGAAGAUCGCAGUGGCGGAGAGAUGAAGAUACAGUGCGAUGCGUGCGAGAAGGCAGAGGCGGUUGUGCUCUGCUGCGCGGAUGAGGCGGCGCUCUGCUGGGAUUGCGACGAGAAGGUGCAUGCAGCCAACAAGCUAGCCGGAAAACACCAGAGAGUACCGCUCCUCCUCCCCAGCGCCGCCUCUGCUACCUCCAAAUUGCCCGGUUGUGAUAUCUGCCAGGAAAAAGCUGGUUAUUUUUUCUGCUUGGAGGAUCGAGCUUUGCUCUGCAGGCAUUGCGAUCUAACAAUACACUCAGCAAGCCCUUUUGUAUCCCACCAUCAGAGAUUCCUAAUCACUGGUGCGAGGGUUGCUCUUCAACACUAUCUCACAAACAACAGUAGCAGCAACAGAAGCAGUGCCGCAGUGAAUGAAUUUAGUAACAGCAGCGGAAGUAUUGGCAAUAGUAGUAAUCCUGCUGGCUCUCUGGCCUCAACAAGUCUGGCUGUGGAGAAGACUGAGGGCUUUAAGCCUAACUGGCCAUGGAAUGAGAUAUUUGAGGGUCCUGAUUUUGAUCAUUGCUAAGCGUUGAUGUGUUCUUCUCUUUUUUAUGUAACAGAUGGGAAUAUAUUAUAGGAUCUUGGUAUCAACAUCUCAUAUAGAAACUGUAUCAGAAUGGACUAUUUUAUGUAAAAUCUGUAAUGCUCUUGAAAAUAUGAAAUAAUUUGAUAAUAAGUAGAAGACGAUGAAGUCCAUGUCUUCUAUUUUCAUAAA